GUCAGAUGUUUAGUUUUGUUUCAUAAACUUCAAACUAAUAAUCCCUGCAAAUGUUUUUCAUCUGCUUUCUCUUGUCUUUCGCUCUCUCUUUCAUGUUCUUUUUAUUUUCUUUCUACUAUAAGAAAAGGCUCCAUAAGCAGCAAAAUCCACAAGACGAAUAACGAAAAUCCCAGAAUGAACCGGCCCUUUCCAACCCUUCUCUCUCCCAUAAAAAGGCCCAAACUCGAAAAAACGAUUCCACCCAUUUUCCCUAUUCGCUUCUGCUAGAGAUCUUGCCUUCUGAUUCUACACAUAUAUGGCUUUGUAGAAUUCAUGAGUGCUUAUCAUUGAAUCUGUUUGAGCAGAUACUUGUAGGAGUUUAAAGUCUUACCUAGCCUCAGUAGCUUUGGAUUAUGUCUUCAUUAUUCUACCCACACUUUUAAUUUUCACUGUUCUAGCAGAGUGGGUAUACAUAUGCAUGAUUGGGUUAUUGUUCUUGCUGAUCUUUUUUACUGCAGUCAAAAGAACUUACUCUUUGCCUUACAUGGAAGGACCUAAUGCUUCAAGGGCAAGCAUAUCAUCUUAUAGGGUUGUUACGAUGUUUAUCACAUGCUUGUGUAUCUUGGCUGUUGACUUCAGAAUAUAUCCUAGAGAAUAUGCUAAGACAGAGACUUACGUGACUAGCUUGGUCUGGCAAGUUCUUUUGGCUGUUAGAGCUCUUGUUUUACCUCCAACUGAAGAUAUUGAAACCUGGCUCAAGUUUGCUUCUCUCUGUCGGAAGAAUGGAAGGAUAAGUCAAGCUAGGUCUACCUUAAUUAAGCUUUUACAGUAUGAUCCAGAAGCGUCUCCUGAAAAUGUAAGAUAUCACGGGCCUCCUCAAGUUAUGCUGGCUUACUUGAAAUAUCAAUGGUCGCUUGGUGAUGAUCAUAAGCGAAAGGAAGCAUUUGCCAGACUGCAGAAUUUGGUUAGAGAGUUUUCAAUUUCCCUAAAUAUCCAAUCUAUUGCAUCAACUGCUUCAACGAGUGGUACAAAUGCAAAUGUUCCACUCCUGGCUCGUGUGUAUCAUAAACUUGGAGCUUGGCAGUGGUCAGUAUCACCUGGAUUGGAUGACGAUUCCAUACAAGAGAUCCUGACAGCAUUUAGGAAUGCCACUCAAUGUGCGACAAAAUGGGCAAAAGCAUGGGAUGCAUGGGCGUUGUUCAAUACAGCUGUCAUGUCUCAUUAUACUUUAAGAGGAUUUUAACGUUGCUUAUAGACAGAUAUGUUGAAAGAAUUUCACGUAGAAUGGUAGGAUAUCGUAUAUUUACUAAUUUGUAAAACUAUCUUGGAAUUCACAAUCAUGAUUCACUAAACCGUGCUAUGCAAUUUUUUGCAUUGAA